CUUCGGUUGCGUCCCCUCCUUGGCAGUUCUAGUAUCGUAAAGCGAUGGAGGUUCAACUUUUGGACUCACGAUCAGGCAAGAAGAUUACAAAUUUGAAAGGUCUUUCUCCUACAAGUACCAUUGAAGAUGUCAAAAAGGCUUACUUUAAACAAAAUCCAAAUCUAUAUCCAGACAGACAGGCUUACAGAGCUGAGCAAAAGGGAAAGAUAUUGAAAGAUACAGACACAUUAUCUAAAAUUGGACUACAAGAAUCAGGGAAGUUAUAUUUUAAAGAUCUUGGUCUGCAAGUUGGAUGGACAACAGUAUUUUUGACGGAGUAUGCUGGUCCUUUGGUGAUCUACCUUUCAUUCUACAUUCGACCAGCCAUCAUCUAUGGAGCAGGUGCUGCCUCCCAGCCGGUGUCUAAAGCAGUUCAUAUUGCAGCUGCAUGUUGGACAUUCCACUAUGCAAAACGUCUUCUGGAGACUGUAUUUGUACACAGGUUCUCCCACGGAACCAUGCCUCUAACAAACAUUUUUAAGAAUUCAGCUUACUACUGGGGCUUUGCAGCAUUUGUAGCCUACUUUGUGAACCACCCAUUGUAUACUCCCCCAAUGUUUGGAGAUAAGCAACUUUAUGCUGGUCUUGCAGGGUUUAUUUUUGCCGAGUUGGGAAAUUUUUCAGUUCAUGUGGCACUAAGGAAUCUUCGUCCUGCAGGAUCGAAAGAAAGGAAAAUCCCAUAUGCUGACUCCAAUCCUUUUACAUGGCUGUUCAGUGUUGUGUCAUGCCCCAACUAUACCUACGAGGUCAUGGCGUGGACCAGUUUCAGCAUAAUGACUCAGUGUCUGCCAGCUGGGCUCUUUACACUGGCUGGAUUUGUUCAGAUGACCAUAUGGGCCAUUGGCAAACACAAGAACUAUCGACGAGAAUUCAGCAAGUACCCACGUGGUCGAAAAUCAAUCAUUCCUUUUAUAAUUUAGACGGCUUCUUCUCGUGAAUCUUUAAAUAAGGCCAAGUGUCAGAGUACUGGAUUAGAUGAAAUAAUGAGUGUUUUGUGAUGAAAUAAUAAUGAGUGUUUUGUUAGUCUUCGUUCUAAUAAUUUUCUCAUAAAAUCCUUUUAUGCCACAAUUAUAUGAAUAAUUUUUUCUUGCAAUUGGUUGUGAUAUACUGUAAAACAGGCACUUUUUGUGGAUGGAAUAUUUUUUAUGAUUUCUUAAAAUAUAUUUAGUUCAUGGUUUAUAAUUUUCUCAGAUAUAAACAUUUAAAGAUUUGUUUUAACUGCUAUUUAUGUGUAAAAAUCACCUCACUUUGGUACAUACAACUGUGUCAUGCAGAAAAAUCUUUUUCCCUUUGUUGUGAUGAGUAGUGCAAUCCAAUGUAAUCUCAAUGCAGUUUAAUUAGCUUAAUCUUGCUUAUAAAACUUUACACUUAUAUUGUUGGUAUAAAUGUUUGGCAACAAAAAUCAUUUACCUCCUCCAAACAUGAUUAUGCAAAUUUGAAGAAUAUUGCCACUAUUGAUGUUACAUAUGUUAAUUAUUUUAUUACUACUUUUGAUUGGUCAUUGUAAUGCAAGCAUUCUCUGGUAGUUCAAGCUCAAAAUACAAAUGUCAGUAUAUUAGUGUAAUAAACUUCUGUUCUGUUCUGUUUUGUACUUUACCAAAGAUUAAAGAUGAACUAUUAUUCUGACACCAGUGCCAGCUUUGUGUUUUUAUAAUAAAGGUAAUAAUUAUUUUCAUCGGUAUAAUUUUAGUGGAUAAAUUUCAGUCACAAAAAAUGUAAAAAUUACAUACUUGUGAAAAAUACCCAUUUUACAUUAAUAAUCCAAUAUCAGUUUGUUUGUCAUCAAUCCUGACCAUUUAUGAAGUAUGAAUGAUUUUUAUAAGAAUAAAUGUUAUAGAAUUAUUUUUUUAGUAUUUUGUUUUAUAGAAUGCACACAGUAUUUAUUACAUUUAAAAGCAUAAUAUAAUACAUGUUUUAUGGUGAAAAUUCAACAGGUGUUGUAAUAACCAUCAUGAAGGUUUCCAGUUCAAAUUAACAGACACAUUCCCAGAAAACUUAUUAUUCAUCUCCUUCUAAUUCACUUUUAUAUAUUUUCUUGUCUUCGUGACAAUCUGUUUAGAUUAACUAUAACGGGAAACUUAAAUAUUUCACUUCUGCUAUCCAUAAGCUGUCUUGUAAGGCCAAGUUUGUUGAGGAAGAAAAAAGUAUAUUUUAAUAUAGGUGAUAUUAUGUUAUAGUUUUGUAUUAUGUAUAGUGGCAGAUGUUUAUUUUUGAAAAAUAAAAUCUAGAAGUGCCAUAAUUGUACUCCUCAGUUUCAAGGAGGGGAAAAUAGCACUAAUCAGGAAGGAAUCACACCUCUAACAUUGUUAAAUGUCUCAAGUGAUAUUGAUUCAUGACUCAUUUUUGUUUCAAAGACAACUAACUAAUAAAUAGCUUUUCUCACAGUUGAAAAAAAAAAAAAAAAGUGUCCUAAAGUAGAGGCAAUGUGUUAUGCUCCCCUUAAAUUAAAUUAAUCAUGAUCCAUCACCUAAAACAAUUACAGGUUUUAGUGGUGAAGCAUUUUACAGCGGUUUGUUUUUGAGAUUCUGCUACGAAACUGAGCCUAUCUUCGAACAAAUUUUAAAUUUGGAAAUAUUCAAGCUUAAGUAUUUGUAAAUUUGUAUAGAAGUUUAUUUGAAUGAUCAUCUCAAUUUUUCUGAUUUACUGUUGUAUCCAUCUAAAAUUUGAUGAGUGUUGAUAUGCUGUCAUCAAUACUUUGCUCAAUGACAUUUGACAUUGUUUUCUAGGGUUUGUAUUAUUCAUAUGCAAAUUUGAGCAUUUCACACAUGAAAUAACUUAAGGAAAAAACCCUGAUCCUCUCUAUGUCGGGUUCAAGAAAUAAAGAAAAAAAAUAUAUA